AAGAAAUAACAUCCAUUAAAAAUUACAGGUAUAUUGACUGUGGACUUGGAGCACAGCCCAUCAUUGUUGACCUGAGGAGGGAGCCAAUUUGAGUCUUCCAUUUCUUUAUUUUUGUGAUCUUCAAGUCUUCUCUCAUCCCCCCCACUCCACUCUUAUCUUCCUUCAUCGUCUCAUUAUAACAAUUGAUUGCCAUUCCAAAUCUUGUGUGCUAACAACCACAUCGACAGUUGUGUAGGGCUCCAAAGCUGAGAAAUAUGUCAGCUUUUCACAGUGAGAAUAAAAUUACAAAUGGUGUGUAUCAAUCCAAGGAAUUGUGCCGUUGGUUUUCAUUUGUUGAGAUUCAAUUGGCGACCAACAACUUCGAUGAUGCUUUGGUCAUUGGGAAAGGUGGAUUCGGUAAGGUGUAUAAAGGGUUCAUCGACGGUGGAGCUACCACUAUCGCCAUUAAGCGAUCGAAUGCAGAGUCUAAACAAGGGGCAACAGAGUUUUGGACUGAGAUCAAGACGCUUUCCAAGCUCAGGCACACACAUCUUAUGGCUCUGAUUGGCUACUCUGAUGAUUGUGAGGAGAUGAUACUUGUUUACGAAUACAUGGCCAAUGGGACACUCGCCGAUCAUCUCUACAAAAGUAGUAGGAAAGGAAACGGGAAUGAUAUUUAUCAUCUUACUUGGGAGGAGAGGCUCAAAAUUUGUAUUGGACCUGCCCAUGGAUUAGACUACCUUCAUACGGAUACGAAGCAAGGUGUCAUACACAGGGACGUGAAGACAACAAACAUUCUGUUGGAUGAGAAUUGGGUAGCUAAGAUUUCAGAUUUUGGGUUGUCCAAAAUGGUAAACACAAGCCAUACACGAACCCACGUUAGUACAGAUGUUAAAGGCACAUUUGGUUAUUUAGAUCUAGCGUAUUUCUUGACUCGUAGACUAACUAAGAAAUCAGAUGUGUAUGCCUUUGGUGUGGUUCUAUUUGAAGUGUUAUGUGCGAGGCCACUAGUGGAUACAAGUGUUGAGGAGGACCAAAUGGGUCUAGCCCUAUGGGUUCAAAAUUGCAUCAAAAAGGGAACCUUUGACCAAAUCAUUGAUCUCUCUAUAAGAGGACAAAUAUCACCAAAUUGUCUAAAGGUGUUUGUAGAAGUUGCUAACAAAUGUUUACAUAAUUAUCCAAAAGGAAGGCCUACAAUGAGUGAAGUUGUGGAGAGCCACAAGCAUGGAUUGGCAUCACAGGUCAAUAUUCGUAUAUCUCGAAAAAUGAAAAUAUUAACCAAUCUAUUUUUGAGAACUGCACAUGUAGUGGCUAAUGGUAUUGAUCUUGGGUGGAGGAAGUGGAAGAACUGGGGUCCUAGGAAUGGAGUGUCAGGGUAG